ACCCAUCACUCCCCAGCACCAUCACCUCUCUCGCUACACCCAUCACUCCCCAGCACCAUCACCUCUCUCGCUACACCCAUCACUACCCAUCACCUCUCUCGCUACACCCAUCACUCCACAGCACCAUCACCUCUCUCGCUACACCCAUCACUCCACAGCACCAUCACCUCUCUCGCUACACCCACCACUCCACAGCACCAUCACCUCUCUCGCUACACCCAUCACUCCCCAUCACCUCUCUCGCUACACCCAUCACUACCCAGCACCAUCACCUCUCUCGCUACACCCAUCACUCCACAGCACCAUCACCUCUCUCGCUACACCCAUCACUACCCAGCACCAUCACCUCUCGCUACACCCAUCACUCCCCAGCACCAUCACCAUCAUUCGCAUAGCUACAGGCUGCGCGAUUCGUCUUCCGCAACAGCCACACACCGCACAGAAAACUUACACACACACAACACCAACACGCGUAACUCAAUCAUCCCGCAUCUCCUCCACUUGGAGUUGAUUCCAGGCGUAGCCAUUACGCAAUCAUCGCCAUCACCAUCGUCAACAGUGACGACCACCAUCACGUGGAUAGCCAAAAUCACGACCAGCACCAUCACCACCGUUUAUUAACAUCACUACACUUACCACCAUCACUACUGUUACUGUUGUAACUUAUUACCAUCCAGUCAUCGCAACCACUCUCCCACUUAUCAAUCACGACUAUUAUCACCCCAUCCACUAUUUGACCAUCAUCGUUAACAUCAUCAUCAGCACCCCUGCCUCCCAAUUUACCCGCCUGUCAAGUCCACCACCAUCCACGACGUUUAAACUGACCAUCACCACCAUCACCCAACCCGACUAUCACCAUCUCCUACAACCCAUCAUCCACGACCCCAAGUCUACGACCACCACCCAAACCACGUCGCCGCCACUGCACCACCCAGCACCACUCACCACUAUCACCCAGCACCACCAAACACCACCACCCAGUUCCCAGCACCACUCUACACCACAAUUACCUCCCACUACCACCCACCACCACCUGCUGGCACCACCACCGCCGCUGCCCGCGUCGUCUCGGCGCGCACGGAGGCCGCGCUGCUGUCGCCGGGCGGGGCUCCUCGCGAUGCCGCAGCUCGAGCCGCUGGGAGCAGCAGCAGCAGGAUGGUGGUGGUGGUGGUUGUUGGCAGCUGGCUGUGUCGUGGCGCUGGGGGCCGCCCGCUGGCGCUGGGGGCAACAGCGCGGUCUGCGGGGGGGUCGGGAACCCGGGACUCGACGUUCCGCGGGGGGCCGCGGACACGGGGCCACCGCGCACGCGUGCGUCGAGACGAACCGCACUGGAGACAUCGGGAACGACGCGUACCGACCGGGUGACGGGACCGACCUGCAGAGACGCAGCACCCUCAGCCCCGAUGGCUGCAGGAAACCCCCAGAGAGGUUUUCCCUCGCCAGGAAAGCCCCGGAGAGAUGCAGCGAGGCCGCUCACCCGGCCAUCGCGGGGCCUAGACGCGACGAUGGACCACUGACUGCCGUGGUCUCAACAGCCGGCACCGGUGGCAUUAACGGUGGUAGUGCUGCCAGUAGCAUCAUCAAAGUUCCCAGUAGCACUACCAGUAGCACCAACAUCACCAGCAAAGUUCCUGGUAGCGCUUCCAGUAGCACCAGCAGCACCAGCAUAGUUCCCAGUUGUGCUGCCAGUAGCACCAGCAGCACCAGCAAGGGUCUCACUAGUGCUGCAAGUGCUACUACCAGCAGAACCAGCAAAAUUCCCAAUAGCACUGCCAGUAGCACCAGCAGCACCGGCAAAGUUCCCAAUAGCGCUACCAGUAGCACCAGCAGCACCAGCAGCACCAGCAAAGUUCCCGGUAGCACUUCCAGUAGCACCAGCAAAAUUCCCAAUAGCACUGCCAGUAGCACCAGCAGCACCGGCAAAGUUCCAAGUAGCGCUUCUAGUAGCACCAGCAACACCAGCAAAGUUCCCAAUAGUACUGCCAUUACUACUAAUAGCACCAGCAGCACCAGCAAAGUUCCCAAUAGCGCUGCCAGUAGCGCCAGCAGCACCAGCAAGGUUCUCAGUAGCGCUGCCAGUACUACUGCCAGUACUACUGCCAGCACCAGCAAAGUUCCUAAUAGCGCUGCCAAUAGUGCCAGCAGCACCAGCAAAGUUCCCAAUAGUACUGCCAUUACUACUAACAGCACCAGCAAAGUUCCUAAUAGCGCUGCCAGUAGCGCCAGCAGCACCAGCAAGAUUCUCAGUAGCGCUGCCAGUACUACUGCCAGUACUACUGCCAGCACCAGCAAAGUUCCCAAUAGCGCUGCAAGUAGCACCAACGGCACCAGCAAAGUUCCCAAUAGCACUGCCCUUAGCGCCAGCAGCACCAGAAAAGUUCCCAGUAGCGCUACCAGUAGCACCAGUAGCACCAGCAAUGGUCUCACUAGUGCUGCCAGUACUACUACCAGCACCAGCAGCACCAGAAAAGUUCCCAGUAGCGCUGGCAGUAGCACCAGCAGCACCAGCAACGUUCUUAGUAGCACUGCCAGCAGUACCAGCAAAGUUAUCAGUAGUGCUGCCAAUAGUUCUACCAGCAUCAGCAGUAGUAGCAGGAUCAGCAGCGGCAGGAUUGAGGAGGUGGUGUUGGCAGAAGGCAGCUUUAAUGUAUCCGAGGCUUCUUUGUGGAAGCCUGCUCCUGCACAAGGCAUGGGGAGGAAAACGACGGACAAAAGUGUCACCAUGGAGCGAGGGCAGGAUGAAGAGUCGACAGCAGGGGAGGAAGAGACCGGGAGGAAAGGAAGCAGUGAUGAGGAGAAGAAGGAGGAGGAGGCGGGACAGAGAAGACAAGCAAAGAGCGUGUCUGGUGAGGCAGUGUCAGAAGACAUGGGGAAGAGAGGCAGCAAUGGUGACGACGAUGGUGGUGGUUGUGACAAUAGUGGUUGGGUAAAGCAUGACCAGGAGAUGGGAGUGACCAUUGCUAGCUCGGAGAGUGAGGAGCAAGAGGAGGGGGAAGAAGAGGAGGUGGAUGAAGAUGUAGUGACAGAAGAGGAGGACGAUGGUGAAGAGGCGGUGACAGAAGAAGAUGAUGAGGAAGAGGCAGUGACUGAAGAGGAGGAUGAGGAGGGAGAAGGGUCUGUGGAUGAGGAGUCUGGGACAGAGAAAGGCGACGACUCUGACGAUGAGCGUGAGAAUUCCUCCAGUGACAGCGCCAGGGUGGAUGCCUCAUCUGACAGCGCCAGGCCGGAGGGGGUAACCGUGACAGCUGUGGUUGCUCGGAAGGGUAAUGUCGCCAAGGCAAGCGAGGCAUGUGGCGUAACUUUGGAAACAAAGGUCAUCAAGGUGAUAGAGGUAACUGAGGCAACUGAGGUUAUCGUGAAAACUGAGGCGAAGGAUAAUGCAGCUCUGGUCUCCAAGGUAACUAAGCAAAUAGCCGUCAAUGUGGCAGUGAAGGUAACUAAAGUGAAAAAAGGCGAGGUGACCCAUGUUCUAGAAGUAAAUAAGGUAACCAAGGCACCGGGCGUAACCAUGGCUAAGCUGGUGACCGAGGUUGCUGAAGCAAAGAUAAUGCCAGAAGUAACCGAGGAAACGGAGGUGACAGAGGUAACCAAGGUAACUAGGUCAUCGGAGGAUGGCAAGACGGCCGAGGAGAGCAAUGCGGAGAUGGAUGUAAACACGGAAACUGAAGAAAUUGGGGUUGCCGUGGCAGCUGAAGAUGAAGAGGGUGCUGGAGGAGAGAGCGCUUUGAACGAAGAGGACAUGGAGGAGGAGAGUGGAGGAGAGAUCCAGGGAUCUGCCAGCAAGAAACACGGUGCCGUGGGGGGGAGGGAGGUGGAGGCGAAGAAAGCGAGGGUGGAGAAGGAGGAGGAGGGAGCAGAGGGACCGGCAGGGGGUGAAGAGGAGGAUGAGGAGGAGGUUCCAGCAGAGCCGCCUGUACCAGCCAUCAUCGAAGACUCUCCACCCCCCCCUGCUCCCUUCGAUCACCGCAUCGUGUCUCCCCGUUCCAUCACCGUGGGAACCUACUUCUCCCUCAGCCACUCGGACGUCCUGGGAGGAGGCCGCUUUGGCCGGGUGAUGAGGUGCCAGGAGAAGUCGUCGGGACUGACGCUGGCAGCCAAGGUCAUCCGCGUGAAAAGCCCCAAGGAGAAGGAGGAGGUAAAGAAUGAGAUCAACAUCAUGAACCAACUGAACCACGUCAACCUCGUGCAGCUCUUCGAUGCCUACGAGUCUCGCUCGGACAUCACCCUCAUCAUGGAGUAUGUGGAGGGCGGAGAGCUCUUCAACCGCAUCAUCGACCAGAGCGGGCUCUCCGAGCUCGACACCGUGCUGUUCGUGCGGCAGAUCUGCGAGGGAGUGCACUACAUGCACCAGCAGUAUAUCCUGCACCUCGACCUCAAGCCAGAAAACAUCUUGUGCUUGAGUAGAUGGGGCUACCAGAUUAAGAUAAUUGACUUUGGACUUGCACGCAGGUACAAGCCACGGGAGAAGCUGAAGGUCAGCUUUGGGACGUCUGAAUUCCUGGCACCUGAAGUCGUCAACUAUGAGUUUGUGUCUUUCCCGACCGACAUGUGGAGCGUGGGAGUCAUCACCUACAUGCUCCUCAGUGGCCUCUCUCCAUUCCUGGGCGAAGAUGAGAGUGAGACACUGAACAACAUCGUUACCUCCAACUGGGAGUUUGAUGGGGAGGUGUUUAGCGAGGUGUCUGAAGACGCAAAGGACUUCAUUACGAACCUCCUUGUCAAGGGGAAGGGGUGGCGGCUGAGUGCCAAGGGGGCCUUGCAACACCAAUGGCUUCUGAAGAGCAACCUGCACAGCCGCCUCACCAAACAGCUGCAAGGGAAGAGGGGGUCUCUGACUCAAGCCACAUUGCCGGUGUUUCCCAGAAGCCUGACCCCUUAACACAACCAUCUGCUCAGCCAAAGAGUCGCGUGGAGGACGGCCUGUGUAGCAUCACGCAAGCCUCGGAUUCACCGAGACCCGAGGACUUGCAUCACGACCCGGAAACUUGCAUAAAUUUACACGGACCCAUAGAUUGACAUAUAGACCCAUAGAUUUAUAUAGAGACCCAUAAAACUUACAUAGAUAACCAUAGAUGGAUUGGUGGCAGAGUGAUUAGCUCACUGCACUAUGGACCUAGCAAAUUCAGUUCGAUUUACAACUAUGACUAACAUCAGUGGUAACAUAAUAUAAACACAUUAUUGAUUAAUUAAAAUUACAAUACAUAAGAGGGAUGAAAAUCUGAUAUUACCGAUAUUAAAAAGACAUAGACAUACAGAGAUACCGAUAGACUUCAUAGAUAUCCACAGACUCAGAAGAAACCUGUAGACUGGCGAGACCUCAUAGACUUACACAGAGACCCAUGGGCCUGCCUUCACGUCUCUUCAGCAUCCAAUGUCUGGGUCAGAAUGUGUUUUGUAAUGUAAAACAAAUGCAAUAUAAUUCCAUGUGAGAGGAGCAAGGUGGUACAGCCAGUAGGCUGUCGAUGAUUUGCGUGUGUUUGAAUGUUGUACACCGAUGGCAGCAAAGCGCCGUAUGGGUCAGGAUCCCCGUACGUCACCAUUGCCGUUACAUCCCUGGACAGCCUUGGUCAAAGUGGCCUUCAAGCCCUCUCCACUCAAACCACUUGCGGUGUGCGGUGACCGCGUGCGCGACGCGGUGUUGGUGACUGCACACUCCCCUGUUCACGAGAACACGUCCGCAAGUGUUGCCGUGUUCGAGGCGAAUCGUAAGAUGUGUGGGUUGCGGCUGCUGGCUCGUUCAGACCGGUUUCGUGUUAUUUUCUGUAUCUGCACCAUCGUACCGUAGUUCGUCGUCGUGUAACAAUGGCAGCUCAGCGGUCGACCGAGCGGCUCGGGUCAGAAGGUUGCGAGUUCAAAAUGUUUGGGCUGUGACCAUCUAGUCCAGUGUUUUCGACUAGUUUUCAGAGGGGGGGCCACUUUUGCCAAUAAGACAUCAUCAGUGAGAGGGCCGCCACAUUUGAAACCAUUGGGGGUUUGCCAGCAGCACGAUGACGGGGGGUGUUGUCACGUGUUGUGUCUUGUUGGGGGCCGCACUAAAGGCCACCAGGGAUCGCCAGUGGCCCACGGGCCUUGCAAUGAAGAACACCGGUCUAGCCCCUUUAUCAGAAACCCAGUUUCUUGCUCUGCUUAUUUAGCAAGUUGGGAUUUGUUGUCAUUGCAGCCCUGAUAUGUGUUUUAUUCAUUGUAUGUGCCAAUGUGUUGCUGUGAUUGUGUUGUAAUUGUGUUUAUGCAUGAAAUGUGAUUGGGCAGGGAGCCGAACUACAAACACCGCCUUCUGUGGUUGUCAAUAAUAAUACUGAUGAUGACGAUGUCCUUGGUUCAUCCAGGAACGACUUGUAUUGUACUUGAAUAGGCUCCAUGGCUGACACCAUGGGGAGGGCUUCAUACAGCAGUGGAUUGAAAUAGCAGUAGACAGUACUGUUAUUCAAGUGGUCUUGACUCAAACGAACAAAUAAAUAGGAGAGCUAAGCAAUAUAAACCCUUUUCCGAAGCAUCUCAAGAUCAGGUCAUGAUGUGUUCAUAAUAAGCCCACUCAUGCAGCACUCGUGUCAGUAGACUACAGCUGCAGCCCUUUUGCCAAUCCACCGCUGGAUGAAGGCUCCCCACUCUGUGUUGCUCAUAGGGGUGGUUUGACCAUACAUCACCACAGUGGUCAGUGCAGAUUGAAAAUAGGAGUCCAGGGCAGCUUCAGAUAUCACUCAUCACAUGUUAGCCGUGGCUGGCAGUCAAACCGAGGUAGCCACCUCUCCAUGAAUCAUAAGGAUACAAUGUUAUUGACAAAAUUGAAUUAAUUUAUCUUCCAAUUGUGAACCAAGUGGCUUUCCUGGGUAACAUAUCAUGAUUGUUGUAUAAAGAAAUCCCCCCUGGUGAAGGAUUUGCUUGUGUUGGUGAGAUCGUUCACUGGAUCACGAGUGCGUCUGUGCACGGAACUUAGUACCCUGUAGAACGUGGAAUGGACGUGGCUCUAGGCACCAACAUCGUGGCCACUCGAGGCAACGCUUCAUGCGUGUCCUGUAGAGGCGCAUCUUUAACAGAAACAGUGUUCUCAUGGUCCUGUUCUCUCGUUUACCGAGUUUCACAACUCGUGCGAGGCCGCGUGUCCACAAGCGUCCUGCUUGUGUUUUUUUGAGUUGUGUCUUAUUUAAGCAUAGUUAUACAGAUGUUCACGUCAACAUUGUCAAGGGGAGUUAUUUAUCACGAUAACGCUGGGGUAGUGUGGGGUCCCUGUUGUGGGCCAGUGUGCGAGUUUCCCUGUUGGUGUCGUGCCGUGUGGCUGUGUCGAUUUGCAUGCCCCGAAUUCUAUAGAUGUCAUAUUUUGCGUGCUAUUUUAUUGAAUUUGGUUGAUUUUUUGUUUCAAGUUUUCCUUCUGUGAAGGUUUUUAAUCAAACAAUUCUGAAUGCUAUUUACAAACCGUACACAUGAACGCAUACAUAUGUGCAUCAACAUGUCCACCUUAUGCACACGCACCGCAUACGUACAUGCACUUGUAUCGGAGGUCAUGAGUGGUAACUGAUGCUAAUGUAAUACAUGACACAAAAUCAUAAUGCUGGAGAGUUUAUAAGUAACAAAAUACAAAAAAUGUACACAUCCCAUCAGCCACACGAUCCAAUGGAAGUCCAUCAUUUGAGCAGCAUUGGUUCAACACAAGCAAAAUUUAGACCGAUUUUUCAUAUUCAGUUUAUGGGCAAGGGUCCUCUGUUAGUUCUGGUCUUUGUGAGUUUUUGGAUAUUCGUUUGAACAAUGUGAUGUAUACUGGCCAGGGGUCGGUAAAACAAGCUCAAUAUUUAAAGAGCCGCAAUGCAUGUGAAUACAAAGACGGCCCUGAAUGAAUCACGUCAAACCAUGUAUUUUUUAUUAAUCACUAUUUUAAGAACAGCACACGCACAAUAACUUGUCGCAUUUCAAAUAAUUGUUGGGCUUUUAGACGUUCACCAUUUAUCGAAAAGAAUUAGGAGGGUGUUUUUACUUUGCAUUAUUGUGUCGAGAGCCACGAAGUAGUCCUCAAAGAGCCGCCGCACGCGGCUCCGGAGCCACAGGUUGCCCACCCCUGAUGCAGGCGAAUAGAAAGUUGGCAAAUCUCAAGCAACUACUGUUUCACACAUGCUAACACGCUUACACACGGACAACAGGUGAUUUUGCUCACACACAUAUACAUUUACACCAGCCUGUAGCUGUACUUGUUGAUGAUAUGGACAGGAGUAUUAGCAAAAGUGCAAUCUUUACGUUGUUGCUUUGCACCAUUACAUAUUUUCACGUUAAUUUAUUUCUAAUAUCUGUGAUUAUAUGGAUCCCCGUCAAACAAAUGUGCAAUUUCCAUCAGCUGAUGGCUCGGAUGACUGCAUUUGUUUCAAAUGAAACGCGUUCAUUUUUCAUAACCUAAAGAAAUUUCACAAAGUGGCUUAUGGAAUUCAUUUGUACAAAAUAGUGAAGUUUUUUUUAAUACACAAAGGUUAUAUGCCGUAUUUGGAAUGUUUAAACCACUUAUCUCCCCAGGAGAUACGCAUGGGUCAAAACAGUAGACAAUAGGCAUGCAUAAAUGCGGACAGCUCCGUCUCCCCACUUUGGCAAAGUUGUUCUGGAGAUCUCACUCUUGCCGCUUGGCCGUUUCCAAAGCUCCAGGAGAACGGAGAGAGGGUGACCCCUGCCGAGUGGCUCAGCGGCAGGGCAAGCAGCUCUCAGCCAGAAAGUCGCGAAUUAAACAUCCGGUUGGUUGGGGGGGGCGGGGGUUGACUCAGCCCACAAUCCUUCCAGGGUCGAGAAAAUGAGAUGCCACACUUUGUGUGGAAGGAAGUUAACAAUGAUUGUCCUACGAGAGACUCUGAAUGUGGAUUUCCACCACGGCUCAGGGCUGUGAAUAGGAGAUGAGCGCUGCCUCAAUUCACGUGAGCAGCAGGACACCACUUUGACUUUUUUUUUGCGAAAGUCCAUUUCCAAAAACUUCAGAAUCAUCGCGACUCACUCAGCCCAGGGCUGCGCACGGUGCCUUAGAUGCGGGUGGGACCGUUUGCUGGGAAAUGAUGUAGCCAGCAAAUGGUGGCUUCUGUUGAAUUGUAAAUUAAAAGCGACCUGGAUUGCUU